AUGAUCAAUAGAAACAUGGUGAUCGGAGGCUCAGUAUCAACCUCCUUUCUCACAGCUGCAUACUGUCCCCAGAUUCCCUGGAUACAGAACGAUACAAUCCGGAACAAUAUUAUCGGCGCCUCGAGAUUCGAUCAGACUUGGUACAAUUUCACAAUUUCAGCCUGCGGUCUCGAAGAGGAUUUCAAGACUAUGUCAGGAGGUGAUUUGCGCAUGGCAGGAAGUGAUGGCUCUUCACUUAGUGGAGGACAGAAGCAACGUGUUGCACUUGCUCGUGCAGUUUAUUCCAAGCUCGGUGUCGUGCUUUUAGAUGAUUGCUUAAGCGGACUGGACUCGAAAAAUGUCUCUUUAAUCUUAGAUCGGCUUUUUAGCGACCAGAGCUAUUUCAAAAAGGCUGGAAUAUCGGUGAUUCUUUCUACGACUACAUAUCAGUUGCUUCCUUUUGUAGAUGAGGUUAUCGUCUUGGAUCAAGGAGAAGUCACGGCUAAAGGGUCAUACGACGAAAUCAUCACUCAAAAGCCAGAGAUUUCCUCGAGAUUUCAGACUAUUAGAAAUGAUAGUCCUCAGCUGAGUGACAAUUCAGAGCUUCCAUUAUCAUUGAAACAAGAAGAGGCUCAUACUGAUAACGAACAAUUAACCAUAACUCGAAAAGAGGACCAGAGUCGACAACAAGGUUCCUGGUCCGUGUACAAAUACUACUUCCAAAGCGCAGGAUACACGCUCCUGUUCUUCUUUCUAGCAUCCGCAACAAUCGAGUGUUUCUGCACAAGUUUCCAGAAUCUCCUCAAGACCACAUUAAGGGCACCAGUCAGUUUCUUCCAAGGCAUAGAUACCGGAUCAAUGAUCAAUAGGUUCAGCCAGGAUUUAGAGCUAGUGGACAUAAUGCUUCCCAUGUAUGCCGUCAAUUUUGUCAUGAGUCUCCUGCUUGUCUUCAUAAACACGGUCAUCAUCAGUGCCUUGGGAAAGUUUCUGGGAGCCUCAAUUCCACUACUCGGGAUAAUUCUAUACAUCCUCCAGUCAUAUUACCUACGUACCUCCCGGCAAGUCCGACUGCUCGACAUUGAAGCCAAGGCACCGCUCUACGCCCAUUUCCUUGAAACGAUUCGCGGUAUCUCAAGCAUCCGGGCGUUUGGUUGGGAAGGGCACUUCAGCAUCACCUCUUCAAAGGAUCGAUUCAAUACGGCGUCAAUUGGUGUUGCUCUGACGCUCCUCCUGACACUCAAUCAAAACCUGACUCAGACUAUCAAGAUGUGGACCAUGACCGAAACUUCCAUUGGUGCUGUCUCACGCAUCCAACGCUUUAUUGAAGAUACUCCCUCGAGACGUAGUGUGUCUUCUCCUCCACCACCUGACUGGCCUUCGCGGGGCGCAGUGAACUUUCACAAUAUCACCGCUGGUUAUGAUCUUGCCACGAACCCUAUUAUUAGGAAUAUUUCCCUGACAAUUAGCCCGGGAGAAAAGAUAGCAAUCUGCGGCGUCUCCGGAAGCGGCAAAUCAUCUUUACUAAUGGCAAUGUCUCAAAUGCUAGAAGUUCACUCCGGCCAUAUAACAAUCGAUGGCCAAGACGUUUAUAGAUUAGAAAAGAAGGCCAUCCACUCGGCAAUCAAUGUCAUCUCCCAAGAACCAUUGUUUCUGCCGGGGACUUUGAAAUUCAAUCUUGAUCCUCACCAGCGGGUAUCUGAAAAACGUUUGAUCGCCGCGCUUGAGAAGGUCGGGCUCUGGAGCCAAAUCAGUGCAAAGGGUAGUCUCAAUAUGACUUUCUCCGACGCAGACUGGUCCGUGGGGCAAAGACAAUUGCUUUCGCUGGCCCGGGCACUUGUUGUCAAGGCUCCGAUUUUAGUUUUGGAUGAAGCGACCAGCAGUGUCGACUGGGAUACGGAAACUACAAUGCAGUCCAUUAUAGAGCAAGAAUUCUCCGAGCAGACCAUAAUAGCGGCCAUUCAUCGAUUCCGGUAUAUCCGCCAAUUCGACCGGGUUGUGCUUUUACAGCAUGCGAAACUUCUGGAGGUAGAUGAGCCAGACGUGUUGCUUUCAAAAAAUUCCGAGUUCAAGAAGCUGUAUCAGACUUUCAACAAAGGAUCAGAGAUAUGUCGCGAUCAAGCGAAUCAGCGAUACUUUCACGAUUACUUUGUCACGCAUCUACCGUCGUCUUCGCUGCAUCCUGAUUCCCAAGGACCGCCGUCGUUUCAUAAGCUCCCUCGCUCUGCGUCAACACCGCACACCAGCGAGAGCAGUCGAUUGUCUCCGGCGUCUAUACAGACACCCAUUGGUCUCACUCGCGACACCACCGUAGUACGAAUACCUCUGCGCAGUGCGAAACAUCACUUUGGGGCGUCCGUUUCUCGCGGAUCCCGAAAGCACAAUGAGGACACGUAUCAAGCGGGUGUGAUUGAGGUACCUUCAUUUGCGAAGCGGUCACCUCUAUCAUUGACUAUCCGUCGAGCAUCGGGCGCCGAGUCCACCGCGGUCACUUCCGGAGCUGACAGCGCAAGUGGAGAUCCACAGGUCUUUUACUUUGGUGUAUUUGAUGGCCACGGGGGUUCGGAAUGUAGCGACUUUCUACGUGAUCGUCUACACGAGUACAUACAGGACAGUGCUGCAGAAUUUGAGAUCCAAUCUAGCUUGAAGGAUAAGGAUAGUUCUAUAGAGAGGAAACGUGAAAGGCGUGGGAGACAAGAAGCCGGUCAGCACGGACUGCAUCGAGCCGACUUACCCAUUAUUCAGAGUGCGAAUAUCCAAAAGAUAGAAAAGCUUGAGACGGAAUUAGUGGAGGGCUGGAAAAGUCUAGUCGGGGGUUAUUUUAGACGCUUCAAACCAGCCUACUUCUCGUGUAUCGGAAGAGAGUCUGCUCCGAGGGACCUUUCACAGACACUCGGAUCGAACCAAAGCAGACAAGCCUCGAUUGACGGAGUCUCGAUGGAAGAAGUGAUGGAAUAUGCCUUUUUGAAAGCUGACCUCGAUUUUGUGUCUGCUCAAGCGGCAAAGAAAGACGACGAUCCGGUCCGGUCGGACCAACCAUUAAACAACGAUGAUAUACUUUAUAGCCCAAGCCAAUCUCGCCGGGAAUAUAUUGGUGGACCGAAACGAUUUCCAGGAGGAAGUACUUGCAGUGUGGCUAUGAUAUCGACCCCCACCCCGACACCUUUCUGGAACCCGGCAACACCUUCGUCGCUGUUGGUGUCGCAUGUCGGUGAUACCAGGGUUCUACUCUGUGACACUAGCACUGGUGCCGCGAUUCCCGCGACUACAGACCACCACCCGUCCUCUCCAAUCGAGGCUAAUCGCCUUCGACGGUAUGCAGCCACAUUUGUUACUGAUUCCUUUGGAGAGGAGCGGGUAAGUGGACUUGCUAACACGCGAGCCUUCGGCGAUAUUCAUUCGAAACGAAUUGGUGUAUCAGCGGAACCAGAAAUCCGUCGCAUUGAAAUGGCUCCAGCCGAGUUCUCAUUUCUUGUUCUCAUGUCGGAUGGUAUUAGUGGGACGCUCCAUGACCAGGAAAUCGUGGAUAUCAUCAAAGAGGCUCGCACCCCUGAACAAGGCGCCCGUGAUGUGGUGAAUUUUGCGACUGAGAUCAGCAAGGAUGCCGACAACGCUACUUGUCUGGUAGUACGUCUUGGUGGGUGGGAACGCAGGCUUGAAGGUGGAUUAGGCAGUAUGGGCACCAAGGAAGCUCGCGAUUUCCGAAGACAAGAAGCCACAGACCCGCGACGAUCACGUACAUAG